UUUCUUUUUUGUAACACAACUCCAAGUCGGGAAGCAAAGUCAAAGUCAUGAAGCCGGUUCCUCUUUGGUUUUAAAUGACACCACGCUAAGUUUUUUAUUUUUUUUAUUUAUUUAUUUUUUUAACAGGAGCAUGCUUCACCAGAGCUACCCAGGUGCCAUCAGCAGACUGAUUCUCCUCCGUGUCCAGUUUAAUAAACGACUCGUAACCAUGUCAAUAGCGAAGCUCUCAGAAGAGGAGGAAGGCUGGAAGGCGGACGGCGGCGCGCCGCAGAUCGAUGGAGUCAGGAGGAGCGCGGCGGGGACGCGCAGCGCGGGGGGCGAGCACGCUGCUGCUGCUGCAAAGUUCACAGAGGAGGACAUGGCCAUCCAUGCAAUCCAUAGAGAGGCAUGUGAGGCGAAGAAGCAGAUGUAUGUCGACCCUUCCAGCGGGUAUAAGGUGUUCACAGAAUAUGCCCACCGUCAGAGAGGGAGCUGCUGCGGCAGCGCGUGCAGACAUUGUCCAUAUGGCCAAGUCAACGUGAAGGACCCGGCGAAGAAGAAAACAUUCAACUCUCUGUUCUAUGUAUAGACUUCAUGCCAAAAGGUAAAACGCCUGUUUGGAAUGGAGCCCACCGCGCGUUGCCUGUCUUCUGCCUGUCGUUAUUUAGACUACUUGAGAGUCAUUUUUUAGCCGUGUAAUAAAUGAUGAAAUAUGGGUAGUGUCUGUGCAAUACCUACCUCUUAUGAAUCACAACUAUUCUUGGGAUUAUUUUCAUUCUCACAAAACAGGGAAGGAGGAGAAAGGAUUUGUUCACUAGACCCUCAUGUAAAAUAGUCUUUUAUCACAUUUUUUGUUUUGUUAUAUUUUUCAGAUAUUUUUUUUUUUCUCGAAUGUCCAAUGAAAUGCCUUGAGCUUCAUUUUUCAUUUCUCUUCAAGAGUAUUUAAUAUUUUGUAGUAUUCCGCUCCUCUGAUGCAUUUACAAGGGUUGUGGGAGUAUGGAGAUGAAAACUGAAAGUGCAUUGUAGAUCUUCGCCCUCCAGAUAAAGGGCAUAUAAGCGAAAGUAGCUGUAGAUAGUCAGAUGGAGUCUUGUGCUCUUUUGCUUUGCAUCUCUUGUUAUUUUUCGGUCCCAAAUGUACGGCUGCAUGAAUAUUAGCAUCAUUUACACUCCACAAGUGCUCGACUGAACUGUCUACCUUUGACUGAAAUAGCCUACUGUGUUGUUAAAAAUAGGAAGGGGCCAAGGGUCAGCCCUCACACUUGGCUGCGCUGCGUUUACACCACUUGAUGGAAUCAGGCUGUUAGCAAACAUGCCAUGGACAUCAACAGCAGCCCUCCCCACCGGACCUGCAACUCAGCCUCCUGGCAACACUUGGCUACAGCACAGCUCCCUGCGGCUGCUCUCCUGAGCUGCAGCCUAAUGAACUCCUGGGCCCUCUUAUCCCAGGACUGCAAUAGAUCAGCUCAUGUUCACCAGCAUGCUCAGACGCACACAUGCAUAGGCAGGCUCGCUCCAUCACAACGCCCUGUGGCUCCUAAUAGGCCAAUAUAGAAUAAAGGUUGCACUUAACACCGCACUCUGUAGCCCACAGUAAUAGCGCCAGGUAAGGUCAAGCGCUCAUGCAGCACUACCUGUGCGUGCUGGAGAUGUUGGGGAAAGAUGUGCCACUUGAUUUGUUGAGCGCAUGUGGGCAGGCGGCGCGAUGCCUUCAGGCGCUGGCUCUGAACCUGCCACACACACUCGCCCGUCUCCGCCUGAUUGGGCAAACAGCGUGGUGAUGAGAGGAUGUGUCUGCCGCGGAAUUCUGUCGCAGCCGCCUACUGGCGCGGCCACAAUUUUCCUCGGCAGGUGGGUCCCAAAGGCAAGUGCUUAGUGAUCGGAGCAAAGCCCUGUGAGCGGCUACAAGGAGAUUCAUGAUCCCAACAGUGCUGGGGAGGACAGGUUCUGGGGACGCGUCGUCAGGCGGGAUGAGAGGCGAAUUUAUUUGGUGUUAUUCUAAACCGAGGCAGCGGAGCGUGCGGCAGCAACAUUUCUGCAGCGGGACGGUGAAGGUGUCACACUCAUCAAGUACCUGGGCCCGCUUGCCUGCCGCGGCUCUGCGGGUUUUGCCUAGGGACUUGUCUGUCACAUUAAAGUAGAUGCAUUGCCAUUCAGGGCCUCGGCGGUCCCGCAGCCUGACCAUGAAAUAGGCCAACUUUCAUGUCUGCCUCAUCCCUCCACGUCUUCCCAAUCCAGUGAUGGCACAGUUUGAAAUGUUUUUUUUUUUUUUUUCUUCUUCCUCAUCAUGUUCUAACCUAGCAGUUGGUGACUGAGACACAAACAGCACAGCAACCUCUUGCACAGAUUUCUGGAGAAAUUUACUUAAUUUACCUCCAGACGAGUAAAUCCUGAUGUUAAAGCAGAAACUGUGAAUCUAUGUUUUCUUGCCUGGUGCCUUAAAUGUAUGAUUUAUUGAGGCUGCCGUAGUGAGAGAGCUGUCGACUUACACUGUAAAAAAAAAGACUGUUUUUAACUGUAUUGUCUUGAUUAAUAAACUCCUUCUUUACA